UAUCAGAAACAAAGAGAUCGUAAUGUAUUCGUAUCUUGUUUCAAGGCACAGUGCUCGCGCCCUCUGCUCCUGUUUUGAAAAGGUACUCGUUUGAAAAAUUUCAACAAUGAACGGCGAUCUUGUGGAGGAAGGAAAGGCAAAGGCUGCGGGAAUAAUUUCCAUUCUGAUUGGAAUAUCAGCGUUUAUCCAGUUAAUAUGUGGAUUUAUCUAUGUGAGCAAAGGUGGACCCGAAGGUUCUGGUCUGUGGUCUGGAAUCGGGCUUGCCAUUAUUUGUGGUCUCGGAAUCCUCGUUUGGUUGAAGAGAAAUAAAACAGCGAUGGUGUUUUACUUUUUUUUGAACAUCCUGUGGUUUAUUGUGAGCCUUAUCCAAGUCAUCAUCGCGUUCAUCGCCUGGGUGAUUUGGCACUUCAUAAGGAAGUUGGUUGAGACGAACUGCUCUCAACGUGGAGACACAUGCCAUUGUAGCACCGAUAAGGAAGAGCCAUGGCCGGUGCACAAUUGCGAUGACAUCAGGGUCAUCGAGAGCUGCUUCUUGGCAAUCCUGAUCAUGAGUGCGUUUGGUGCCAUUAUGACUCUGUCAGGUUCCAUCAUCGGUUGCAUGGGCACAUGUUGUGCCAAACCAGCUACAGCCAACGUGGUAGUGGUACAGCUUUUUUUUGGGUAUCCUAUGGUAGUACAGCAAACCACAACUCAGGGCUAUGCGGCUCAGUUUUUUUACCCAGGUCAGCAGCCAUACCCAGGUCAGCAGCCAUACCCAGGUCAACAGCAUUUUUUUAUGAUGCAACCAGCCGGUGCCGGGGGUCCCCCACCUGAUUAUGGGUUGCCACUUUUUUUGUAA